AUGGAGACGACUUAUGCAAAUAUAAAUGGGAAAAUAUGGUUGUUGUUUGAUGCAGUGGUGGAAUGGGAAUUAGUGGACGAUACUGAGCAACAGGUGACUGUGAGAGUGCUUCACCAUGACCUAGAGCAGCACAUGAUGAUGAAAUUUGUUUAUGUAAAAUGUUCAGCAAUUGAGAGGUUGGAAUUGUGGGAUCACUGGUAUUACUUAGCAAGUGAUAUGAAAUUGCCAUGGUUGGUAGGAAUGGAUUUCAAUGUGAUAUUACAUGAAGAUGAGAAAAUAGGAGGACUACCGGAUACAAAGGAAGUCCAUUUACAUGGUGGAAUGGGAGAUCCAAUGCUGCGUGUAUAUUGCAAAAAUGGAUUGGAUAGGAUAUUUGUGAAUUUUCCAUUUCAGAACAUGUUGCCAACUAUUGAAGUUGAACGUCUAAUUAGAAUUGGAUCAGACCAUGCACCAUUGUUAAUGACAUGUGGGGAGCAGACCACCAAUUGUCAAGCCUUUCAGAAUUGGGAAGCUGAUUUCGUAGGGGACCCGUUUUUGAUGUUCAAGCAGAAGCUCAAGAGGGUGAAUGAAGCACUGUCAAAAUAG